CGUGUGUUCCGUCUUCCGGCGACGAAGAUGGCGUCUCCUGUGCUGGUUGUAAUGGUUCACUCUUGGCCGGUGGCCGGCGGGCUGCUCCGAAACUGUUGGGAGCGAGUCUGGCGGAAGCUUCAGUGGGGCCGCCCAGGCUUCCCCAGCGUUUCUUGGGAACCAGCUCUAGCAGUGCAGGGGCCGGCCAUCUACACAGAGCCAAAUGAUGUCAAUGAAGAGAAGAGUCCCAGCCUUUUGGACAGCCUCGUUUGGAUGGCAGCUCCCAAAAACAGGCGCAGUAUUGAAGUCAACCGCUGUAGGAGAAGAAACCCUCACAAGCUUAUUAAAGUGAAGAACAAUAUAGACGUUUGUCCCGAAUGUGGUCAUCUGAAACAGAAGCACGUCCUUUGUGGCUAUUGCUAUGAGAAAGUGCGCCAGGAGACGGCAGCCAUCAGGCGGCAGAUGGGCAAGUUGGAAGGGGGCCCCCUGAAGGCCCCCACUGUCGAGACCGUGGUGCUGUACGCAGGAGAGACGCCGUCAGAAGCACAUCAGGGCAAGAGGCUCAUUGAACGGGACAGGAAGCGGCCGUCCUGGUUCACCCAGAACUGAUGCUGAAGAUGACGAAAGGAUAAUGUCACCAUAAAAACAUUUCCUGUGGAAGAGAACAGUUUUGUGUUUUAUGUUUUGCUUAUUUUAAAAUCAGCAAUUUAGUUGAGAAUGUUCUGUAUCAUAAACAGUUUCAUGUGGAAUAACAUGAAAAAAGACUCAAAGUAUUUGUUUAUACAAAGUCUUAGUGAAUAUACCUGUUACUGUUAGAUUAAAAGGUUUUUAGUGAAGACAAAAUUUCUAGAGCAAAAAUAAAGCGAUAUAAAAUUCA